AUGCCAUCAUAUCCGCAUUUAAUUGUGUUGCUUGCCUGCUCGGCAGUGCAAACUGCUCUGGGCGCCACUCGUUCUUACAAACUGAUUCUGAAUACAGGCAUUCGAAGCCCUGAUGGAGUUGCGCGCGAAGUGUACCUCAUCAACGAUCAACAGCCGGGCCCCUUGAUUGAAGCUGACGAAGGAGACGAUCUUGAAAUAUUUGUCCAGAACGAUUUACCUGUCGAGACAACAAUUCAUUGGCAUGGUCUUCUCCAGCGCGGGACACCAAAUAUGGAUGGUGUUCCUGGCGUGACCCAGUUUCCAAUCCCGCCAGCAGGUAAUUUCACCUAUCAGUUCUCCACGGCCGGUGAGUACGGAUUUUACUGGUACCAUUCUCACUUUCGAGCCUAUUACGAUGACGCCUUACGCGGGCCGCUCUUAAUACAUCCGUCCCCAUCCCGGCCGCGUCCAUUCGAAAAUCUUGCUCAGAGCAGUUCGGAGUUUGAUAUGAUGUUACAGGCUGAGCGCAGCGGAACCUCUCUCCUGCUAGCUGAUUGGUAUCAUAAGCUCUCUGAUAAGAUAUAUGAUGAAUAUUUCACGACUGGUGCGUUUCCUCAGUGCGUCGACAGUCUUUUAGCGAACGGAAAGGGAAGAGUCCAAUGUAUACCCCAAAGCAUACUUCAAGCCGGACCAGGACUGGGCCUUGAAGAAUCUAGCAUCGCCAACGAUCCUCAUGACCCUGACACUAUGCCGAUGGCAAUGGAGCCAUCAAUGACCAGCGGAAUCAACACGGCUUCAAUCUCGAUGGAUACAGCUUCGAUGCCUUCGAUGACAACAAAUGCCAUGUCCAUGAGCAUGCGAAAAAGGUCAGAUCACACUGCAAGCCCGUCAACCGGCACUGCCAUAUCCGAUAUGAGUGCCAUGUCUUCGACAAUGAUGUCUAUGAUGACGACUGGGUCAUCUACGACGCCGGCGGGCACAGAGGACUUUACCAUUAGUACCAUGUCAGAUAUACCGCAAAUGGCUUUAGGGCCACGCGGUUGCAGUCCACCAAUAAUGUUUAGGCCCGGCCUUGACGCGAGUUCGCUUCCACCCGAAACUUGUACGAAUACUACAUCGGAACUCUUCACGUUUACCGCGGACGCAUCUCGUGGCUGGACUGCUCUACAUCUGCUCAACGCCGGAGCUGUCAGCAGACUCAGUGUCUCGUUGGACGGUCAUUCCAUGUUCGUCUAUGCAGCGGAUGGACUGUAUGUGGCUCUUCAAGAGGUUCAGGUUCUGCACAUCUCCAUUGGCCAGCGCUAUUCAGUGAUGGUACGGCUUGACCAAAACCCCAGAGACUAUUAUCUAAGAUUUGCAUCCUAUCCCUAUGGCGACAUGCAGCAAGUCAUCGAAGGCCAAGCCAUUUUGUCAUACCAUAAUAUAGCCAAUAAUACGGACAUGACUAUGAUGAGUGACCUUGUCUCGCCGUGGAUGCUCGUCAACGGGUCCGCCACAUUGGGUACUGUCGAACUUGACGACCAGGCCCUUGCUCCCUUCGUGGGCAACACGGCACCAUCCGGGGUAGCCAACGUUACUCGAUAUUUUACAAUCAACCAAACAGACAUAGUGACUUGGGUGGCGAAUGGGGAACCAUUCGCAGAGCCUGCUCGACCAAUUAUCUAUGGCACUGUCUCUGACGGCUGGAGUGCAGCCACCACAAUUCUUACCCCCGCCAACGCUACCGUUGAUAUUGUUAUGAAGGUCGCGAAUGAUUCGAUGGACACGAUGGGCCAUCCGAUGCACCUACACGGCCACAAAUUUUGGUUCCUUGGGGCAGGCGAGGGCGAUUUUCCAUUCCAGUCUGUUACUGACGCACCUUCGACGAUGAUCAAUCUCCAGAAUCCGCCGUAUCGCGAUACAAUCGACUUGCCGGCUUCAGGUUGGGCGGUUAUCAGGUGUGUAGAGAGACUAUAG